CUUCAGUAACUUGCAAAACGCUGCCCCUUCUUCUUCUUCGUCUCCUUCGCCCCACCUCUCCCCCGAUCGAAGGGAAACGAAACCCUAGCCAUGGACGAAACGCUAACCCCCGUCCAUGUCCUCGUCCGAUCCCCCGACCUCUCCCUCCCCUCCCGCGCCCUAACCCUCGCCCCCGACUUUACCCUCCGCCGCCUCAAGCUCUCCCUCCUCCUCCCACAAACCCUAGCCCUAGACUCCCUCUACUUCUCCCUCAACGGAAAGCCCCUUCCCGACUCCUCCACCCUCGCCUCCGCCGCCGGCGGCGGCGGCGGCGGCGUCCUCGACCUCACCCUCCGCCUCCGCCUCCGCGGCGGCGGCGGAGAUGGCGGCGCCACCGGCGCCGAGUCCCGCGACUGCUACCUCAACAUGUACGCCACGAAGAAGCCCGAUAAGGUCGACCCCAACGAGACCCGCCUCUCCAAGUGGACCACCUGCGCGCUCUCCGGCGAGCCCCUCGCCCACCCCGCCGUGGUCGAUCGCCUCGGCAACCUCUUCAACAAGGAGGCCCUCAUAGAAGCGCUUCUCCACAAGAAGCUCCCCAAGGAGUUCAAGCACAUCCGCGGGCUCAAGGACCUCAUCCCCAUCCACCUCGAUUCUAUUCCGGGUGCCACUACUGAUGCCGAAACUAAAUUCCAGUGCCCGAUUACCGGUCUUGAAUUCAAUGGGAAGUAUAGCUUCUUUGCGGUCAGGGGUUGCGGCCACGUAUUGAGUGCGAAGGCUCUGAAGGAGGUGAAGUCGACGUCUUGCUUGGUUUGCCAUAAGGAGUUCUCGGAUUCGGAUAAGAUUGUGAUCAACGGGAGCGCCGAGGAGGUCAAGCUGUUGAGGGCAAUGAUGGAGGAGGAGAGGGGGAGAGUGAAGGAGAGGAAGGAGAAGAAGGCGGGCGCUUGCUUGAGCGGCACGAAGCAUGCUGCCGAUGAGAAAGGCGAUGUAUUGGAUAAUGGGAAGAAAGAUAGUAAUGGGAAGAGAUUUAGGGCUCUGGAUAUCGCACCGGCUAAUGCCACGAAGGAAGUGUACGCGUCAAUAUUCACUUCGUCAAAGAAAUCGGACUUCAAGGAGACGUUUUCUUGCAGGUCGCUUCCACUCGGCAGGAACUGAUGGCAAAACUAUGUUAUAUUGCAGUACCAUACUCUCGAAAGGUUGCUUUGAUGUUCUCGGUCACUAUAGCCGUCUUAAAUUGCACUUUUGUAGAGAUUGUGAUAUGAAAUUUCGUGUAGCCGAGUGUGUUUUGAAUUGAACAUUAAAGAUCCUGAAAUGUACUUUGAUAGUUCAUUCAUUUACUCAAAUCAGGACUGCUUAUUUGCUGCACAAUUGCUUCUGCUUAUGUUUAUGAUAGAUUUUAGGAAACUUGAGCUAAUAUUAUGUAAAUGUCAAGUUUAUGAAGCCACAAAAAUAAUGCUUUUAGUUACUAAACAUUUGAAUC